UUUCGUUGUACUUCACAUUGCGAGAUGCAGUGCAAUUCAACUCACACAAACUUGUCUAUAUAAAUCCUUACAAAUGACAAAGCAUUCCUUAAACGCAUGAAUUAAUCAUGAAAUAUAACCUUAAACCAACAAUGAUUAUAGCCCUUUGGGUUAUCUUUUCUCUUUUAGUUUCCCUCCCAACUCCCUCACUUGAACAAUCAUCCUCAUUUCAACAAUCCUCAUCCAAUCGAACUUCUUCAUCCCAACAAACAACAGUUAAUCAAAACGGCUCCUCGUUUCAACGAUCAUCAUCGUUCAAUCGAACUAGUUCCUCUUCCUUGAACCGAACUACCACAUUUCAACAAUCACCAAACAGUCCAGCAGCAUUUGGAGGCGUAAGGCUUCAAAAUGCUCACACUGCACUUCAAGCAUGGAAGAAAACAUUUACCUCCGACCCAUUCGGGUUCACCUCAAAUUGGGUUGGCAACGAUGUGUGUAUCUACCAAGGAAUCUUCUGUGCACCAGCACCAGACAAUGCUAAGGUUAAAACUGUUGCUGGAAUCGAUCUCAACCACGCCACCAUCUCGGGUUCCUUACCGGAUAAACUCGGCCUCUUACCCGAUCUUGCCCUUCUCCACCUUAGCUCAAACAAAUUCGGUGGGACUAUCCCUACCUCAUUCUCUCGAUUCAAGCUUCUCUUCGAGCUUGACUUAAGCAACAACAUGUUCCAUGGCCCCUUCCCUUCUGUUCUUUUCAAUCUCCCUUCUUUAAAAUUCCUCGAUAUUCGAUACAAUCAGUUCGAGGGUGUGAUCCCUCCGGCACUCUUUAACUUAAAACUAGAAGCUCUUUUCCUAAACAACAACAAGUUCUCCUCUUCUCUUCCUAACACCAUUGGAAACUCCCCUGUUUCCGUGCUCGUUGUAGCUAAUAACAACCUCAAAGGGUGUUUCCCUCCCGAGAUUUCCAAAAUGGGAGGGACUCUUCAAGAAGUCAUCCUCAUGAACAUAGGGUUAAAGGGGUGUUUACCAACGAGUAUUGGAGCAGGGUUGAACAAGGUAACAGUUUUCGAUGUUAGUUUAAACGAUAUAACGGGGACUUUGCCUGAGAGUAUGGGGAAAAUGCAGAGCUUAGAACAGCUUAAUAUUGCGCAUAAUAAGUUUUAUGGAGAGAUACCAACUAGUAUUUGUAGUUUGCCUAAGUUGGCUAACUUCACUUAUGCAUAUAACUACAUUACUAAAGAGCCAAAUCAGUGUUUUAUGAUAAUGGAUAAAAAUGAUGAUAAUAAUUGUCUUGAUUUUUGGAUGUCACAAAAGUCUCCUACAGAGUGUAAGGCCUUCCUCGCCAACCCUCCAAGUUGCAACUGUGCAGGAAAUCCACCCCGACCUGUGUCGCGAUCAUCCCCACCUCCGGCCAAAUAUACUACACCACAAGUGCCUGCACCACCGCGGCAACCACUGUCUCCUCCUCCGAAACCUAAGGCUCCACAAGUACCCGUACGUCCAUUGCGAGCACCACCGCCUCCUCCAAAAUACAAUGCGCCGAAAUAUACUACUCCACAUGUUCCCCAUAACUAGAUUUGUAGAUGUUCCCCUUGCUGUCUUGGUAGCAUGGUUAAUGCGAAAUAAUCGGUUCUUAUGAUCAUUUGUUUUCAUUUUUUAUAUCUUAUCAUUAAUUUGUUUUGGGGAGAAAUGUGUUGAAUUCAUUUCACUUUGAAUAUAUAAAAGAGUGGUCAAUCUGAAUCUGUUGAGCAAAACGAAUAAAAUGUACUCCGUAAGU